CGGGUAGGUGAAGGUGGAAGCCUUGGAUUUAUCUUAGAAGGCAGGCAGCGCUCGAGCUCCGUCGCGAGUCCCCCCUUGGGUUUGCCAGCCGCGGCGCGAUUGGGAAGCGAGUGCUCCAAAAUGGCCAAGAGGCUCCUGCUGUGCGCUUUGCUCUUCAGCUUCCAGGCAGUCUCGGCGCAAACCACAGAUAUCAGUCUUCCCCCUGAAGAUCUUGACUCGUCAGGAGAUGACGAUGACGCUUUCUCUGGUUCUGGCGAAGGUUCUCUGCCCCAUGGAUCUGCAGUUGCCUGGAACGUUCCACUGCAAGACAGCGUAAACUCAUCAUCGAGUCCUUCAGUGGCUAUGGAUUUGGAAGAUCAGGAAACUGAAGCCCAUGGAACAGAGAGCCCUUCAGAAAACUAUGACAGAAUACCUGUAUUCCCAACAAACAUACAUGUGUUCCUGCCGAACGAUCCAGUGACUGAUAAGCCAGCAGUAACUGUUGAAGAGGAAGUGGGCGUAUUCACAGAGCAAGCUACAACAAGUUCGGCAGUUGUAACAGAAAGGAUCCCAAUAACACAUCAUACCUCUACACUGAGAAUCACUACUUCACAUGAUAGUACUGUUGAGCCUGUGUUUGAGCCUGAAGUACACCUUGAUGUCCACCAUGAUCUAAGUGGCAGUGACAGAGGAGCACCUACUUUUGAUAUUGCGCCCACUAUUCACAGUCUGGAUGCUGCCAGUUCCACUACAACAUCCUUUGUUCUCACCAAGGAUAUUUCCUCUCAGCCUGAAAACGUUUUGCCACCUGAAGAUGGAUCUGGAGAUCAGGGAGAUUUUACAUUUGCUGUACCGGAUGAAAAAAAAGAACUUGAAAUGGAAGACAGGGCAGUGGAAGAACUUGGGAAAGGAAGCAGAGCAGCAGAUCCUGGAGCAACAGAGACGAAAUCUGCAGAGACCUCCCAAGGACUUAUGGACAGGAAAGAUGUUCUAGCAGGGGUCAUUGCUGGUGGACUAGUAGGCCUACUGUUUGCCGGUUUCCUAGUUGGGUUCAUGUUGUACCGGAUGAAGAAAAAAGAUGAAGGAAGCUAUUCGCUGGAUGAACCAAAACAAUCAAAUGGGGGCUAUCAAAAACCACACAAACAAGAAGAAUUCUAUGCAUAAAUGAACUGAAUUUCAGGACACUCUUUUUUUUGCUUGGAUUUCUCUUCUGUCUCUGGACAUCAUGAGUUCUCGCUGCAUUUUAAAGGGGGGGAAAACCAAAGCCAUAAGACUGGGUGCAAACCUCUGCCUCCUUGCCAUUGGGAAUGACUAUAUUUUUCCGAGUCAAUCUGGAUGAAUAAAACCCUAACCUGCUUUCUUGCACAGAGAUUACCUGUCAAGUUGGACGGGGGGAGGGACUACCCUUUGUCUUAUCUAAGGACUCCUGGGGGGAGACCAAGAACAGAUUUGUAUAUAGCCUUCACGUCUUAGAAAAUGCUAAGAAAUUAGUAAUGUGUAUAUUAAAGACCCGCCCCUCCCUUCAAACUUUAUUGGCCACAAGUGAAUCUCGUUUUAUACAUUAACAAAGCUGCUGUGUAGGUCUGAAAGGGAGAAAACUGCACAAUGAUUAUAAUGCCAAGUCACUUACCUUGCAGCUGAACAUGAAAAUCAGGUGGAAGGGAGAAAGUCCUCCCAGAAAACUAAAAUAUUUGUCCAAAGUGGUGAGAUGCUUAAACCAUGGCCCUCGCUAGGGCAAAGGAGACAUUCUUCUAGAAUGCCUUGAGAAAGAGAGAUCAAGGGGAGAAAUUUAUACACUGUGCUUUAGAAUCUGAAGCAACACCAACUCCUGGGGAGUGGGUAUUUUGAAAAGUUUGCAUUUUUUCCAAUUCCUUCUGGUCUUACUGACUGUGGUGUUAUUCCUGUUUGCAGUGUAUAAAGUCCAUGGUAGUACUCCUGGGGCCACCACUUGGUUAUCUACCUCUUCUGCAUUUUUUUUUUUGUGUGGUAGUGGCUACUUCUCGAUUAGAUCUCCAAACUCACCCUACCGUGCAGCACCUAGAAUACUGGGGUGUGGUAUGCCGCCAUACAGGACUGAGCACGCUAAGAAGUAAUGAGGGUUCCUUCGGCUGCCAAGACCCAGGGACUAGAAUCAUAUUAGAUUGGCAUCUAUUACAUAUAGUAUGAUUCUCUGAGUAUAGGCUCAGCAUGCUGAGCCUAGGGGGAGUUAACAUCUGUUAUGUAAAUGCUUGGCUUUUAUCUUGGUCCAACUCGUGCUAGAGCAUUAACAUACGGUUUGAAGAGCAAACGUCCUCAGAAGCCGUUCUGUGUAGAAGAGAGUUAAUGAUGAAUUGUGUGCCUUCAUCUCCUGCGUGUGCCCCAAAUGUAACGCAAGGUCCUGUUGGGAUGCAUGUUGGUGGGACCCAACCCAUGAAUGUCAGCACUUCCAAAGCAGUAUUUAAAUGUUUUAAGAACACUGUGUAUAUGUGCUGGGAGGGAGGAGCUCUCUUGAAAACAGUGGCUGAUGUAGAAUAGGUAUAGAUGUAUGAUUUCUGUUGUGUACAGGAUGACAUGGAUAUGAGCUAUGCUUAAACAGAUUCUUUUUUUUCUUUUUUUCUUUUUUGUAAAGGUUCUGGAUUCUUUGGGUUUUUUAAAA